CAAUUCUCUAUACUCUUUAACUAUAAUCCAGCAAUGGAGAAAUCACCCAUUGUUGUAGAAGACGAUGCGAAGAGCAGCAAACCUAUCGUUUCAAUUGAUCUCACUCUUUCACCCCCUUCGAAAUCCAUAAAAACCUUAGACGCCAUGGCCGUCGAUACGCCGGAAUUUCCUGUUAAACGGACGAUUACAAGCACCGGUGGGACUCGAAUCUCGACAACUCCGAUGAUCAAAGAAGAACAAGAAGGUAAGGAUUGUUACACUGGCGAUGAUGGUUGUAGUAAAGCAAAAAAACCUAGAAUGUCUUUUUCUGAGUUUCUCGAUGCAACCAAUACUAAGGUUUUAUCGGAAAACGAUCCCCGGUAUCUCGCUUUUGUUAAGAAAGAAAAAAUGGAUGAAUCUGAACCGGUCCUUGAUGCGGAGCCGAUUUCUGUUUCCAACGAAGCUGGUUCUAAUCAGAAAUCCCAAAACGUAUCUGUUAAAUCAGAACAAGUUGAUGAAUCUGAAACUAAACCUCAAGUAAAACCGAUCCCUGUAAAGAAAGAGUUGGAUGGAUUUCAAGCGGGCAAACAAGAACAAAAGCCAAAGUUGGUUCAACCGAUUUCAUCGAUGCCUCAAUCUCUAUACAGUUUACAUUUGAAGAGGGAGAGGGAGGGAGUUACGGAUGAUAAGAAGCUGAAUCCUAUAGUGAUAGAAAAUGGGGAUUUCGAAGAAAAACCUGAUUGGUUGCUUGUCGGAAGAACUGCCAUUACUGGUUUAUCGACUACAAAAGGGAGGAAACUCGAAGACAAUGAAAUCGUCCACUUCGCUUUUCCUAAUAUCGAUUCAAGAGGCAAGAGUAGCUAUUGGACCAAUUCACGAGCUGCAAUUGCUGCUUCUGGGAUUGUAAGAUUCUCUACAAAACGAUCCGGAGAGAUUGGGCGUCUUCCAAUGGAGUGGUCAAAGUGCUUAAUUCCACUUGUAAAUUCAAAAAAGGUGAAAGUUCUUGGCAGAUGUGUAGCUGCACCAGUGUGUCUCUCAAUGAUGCAAGAGAUAAUGCUUUAUAUUAGUUUUUAUAUUCAUCAUUCGAUCUUUAGUGAAGAUGGAAAGUCUUCAUGGAAGCUGGAAUCCUCUUCAAACAUCGACUCUACAAUUUACCCUCUCUUGACUUUGUUCAAGUUGUUGAAAAAGAAUCCAUUUCAAAAGGCUGAAUUCACACCAGAAGAGCUUGAUUCUCGUAAAAAAGCAACACUUGAAGCUGAUUUAAAUGAAGCUGCAUCAUCACUUCCUAUUGUAAAAAGACAAAAAAGUGGUGAACCAUUGCUUUUAGAACCCAAUAAAGAUGCUCAAAUUCUUUCUGAAUCAUCUUUAAACAAGCUUGUUGGAGCUGCUGACAUGUACAAUUUGGAGGAAAUGGAUCCUCCAACUACCCUAAGAUGUGAUUUAAGGCCAUAUCAGAAGCAAGCUCUUUAUUGGAUGACAGAAUCAGAGAAAGGUGUUGAUGUUGAAAAAGCACAAGAGACACUUCAUCCAUGUUGGGCUGCAUAUAAUAUAUGUGAUGAAAGAGCCACUGCAAUUUAUGUGAAUAUUUUCUCUGGGGAAGCAACUACUAAGUUUCCAAAAGCAACACAAACAGCCAUUGGAGGGAUAUUAGCAGAUGCAAUGGGACUUGGUAAAACAGUAAUGACAAUUUCUUUAAUCCUUGCAAGAACAGGAAAAGGAACCCUAGAAAUUGAAGAAAAAAAAGAUUCCAUAAAAAGUAGAAAUAAUAAUGAAAGCUUCUCAAAAAGACCAAGAGGUGGAACACUCAUUGUUUGUCCUAUGGCUUUGUUGAGUCAAUGGAAGGAUGAGCUGGAAACUCAUUCAACACCAAACAGUUUAUCUGUUUUUGUUCAUUAUGGAGGAGAGAGAAGCAAUGAUCCAAAAGUGAUUGCUGAACCUACUGUUGUUUUAACAACUUAUGGUGUUCUUUCUGCAUCUUAUAAAACUUAUUCGGAGAAUAGCAUUUUUCAUAAAGUGGAUUGGUAUAGAGUGGUGUUAGAUGAAGCUCACACUAUAAAGUCUUCAAAAAGUCAAUGUGCUCAAGCUGCUUUUGCCUUGUCAGCAUAUUGUCGUUGGUGUUUAACUGGUACCCCUCUUCAGAACAAUUUGGAAGAUCUUUACAGUCUUCUGUGUUUCUUACGUGUUGAGCCAUGGUGCAAUUGGGCAUGGUGGAACAAGUUAAUUCAGAAGCCAUAUGAGAAUGGUGAUAAAAGAGGGCUAAAGCUUGUAAAAGCCAUUUUAAGGCCACUCAUGCUUCGAAGAACUAAAGACACAAAGGAUAAACAAGGAAGGCCCAUUCUUGUUCUUCCACCAACAGACAUACAAGUGAUUGAAUGCGAACAAUCAGAAGCUGAACGUGAUUUCUAUGAUGCUUUAUUCAAGAGAUCCAAAGUCCAAUUCGAUCAAUUUGUAGCACAAGGCAAAGUUCUUCACAACUACGCUAACAUUCUCGAGCUUCUACUCAGAUUACGACAAUGCUGCAAUCACCCUUUUCUCGUUAUGAGCCGAGGCGACACCCAACAAUUUUCGGAUCUAAACAAAAUCGCAAAACGAUUUCUCGAUAUAAAUUCCGAUUCUUCUGCUCCAAAUCCAAGCAAAGCAUACAUCGAAGAAGUAGUUAACGAUUUAAAAAAAGGCGAAAACACCGAAUGCCCAAUUUGUCUAGAAUCAGCAGACGACCCUGUUCUUACACCAUGUGCGCAUCGGAUGUGUCGGGAAUGUCUUUUAUCAAGCUGGCGAAGCCCAAUUCAAGGUUUAUGUCCGAUUUGUCGGCAAAAUUUGAGAAAAACUGACCUGAUUACAUGCCCUACUGAGAGUAAAUUUAGGGUUGAUGUUGAGAAGAAUUGGAAAGAGUCUUCGAAGGUUUUGAAGCUUCUGGAAUGUUUGGAGAGUAUAAGGGGAAAAGGAUUUGGAGAAAAAAGUAUUGUUUUUAGUCAAUGGACUUCGUUUUUGGAUCUUUUGGAGAUUCCAUUGAAGAGGAGAAAGAUUGGGUUUUUGAGAUUUGAUGGAAGUUUAUCACAGAAGAAUAGAGAAAAGACUUUGAAGGAGUUCAAUGAGACUACAGAUAAAAUGGUAUUGUUAAUGUCAUUAAAAGCCGGUGGGGUUGGAUUGAAUUUGACAGCAGCUUCUAAUGUUUUCCUUAUGGAUCCAUGGUGGAAUCCUGCGGUGGAGGAGCAGGCGAUUAUGAGGAUUCAUCGUAUUGGUCAAAAGCGAACUGUUUGCGUUAGAAGAUUUAUUGUCAAGGAAACGGUGGAGGAAAGAAUGCAACAAGUCCAGGCGAGGAAGCAACGGAUGAUUGCUGGAGCUCUUACUGAUGAAGAAGUCCGUUCGGCUCGACUUGAAGAACUCAAGAUGCUUUUUAGAUGAUUUUUUUUUAUAAAAAUCUUUUUGUUUUAUUUUAAGAAUUGAGACAUGGUUUUGUCUUUUUGGUGGUGGAAUUGAUCUUUUUCAUUCCAAAUUUUGUAUAUUGGUAAAACCAUUGAAUG